AAACUGUACACACAGAAUUUACUCUAAACCCUCAUUUGCAUAUUUCGGAACACUGUGACGUCACAGACUGUGACUUCAUAGAACCCGUCAUAAAAGGCACAAUAGAACGCUCGGUGCCAGCUCCCAUAUAUAAACUCCAGCCUUCCAGCAACAAACACUAUUUUUGUUAGAAAAGUCUUCAUCAGUCUUCAGGUGUAAUGGGGAAAGUAUUAGGAAAACACUUCUACGCUGAGGAGGACGUCGUCCCUGGAGGAAGGAAUAGAGAAGAAUCACAAGAUGGGGAAAGCCCACAGAGCAGGCACCUGGACCCCAACCCCUGUGAAGAUGAGUUGCCGUCCAGCUCCGUCCCUGGGCAAAAAAAGAGGAAAAGAAUAGAAGAUGGGGAAAGCGUACAGAGGGAGAAAAGCAGGAGACUGGACCCCAUCUCCUGUGAGGAUGAGUUGCCGUCGACCUCAGAGGACACUGAAAGCAGAAACCCACCCGAGGCGGCUCAGAGCGAGAGAAGCGCCGAUGAUGGACCGGUUCUAGACUCGUCAGCCAUGUUUAAGGCCAAGUACCGGCAGCAGAAGAAACUUGGCGAAGGAGGAUGUGGAUGCGUGUAUGCUGGCUAUCGUAGAGAGGAUAAUCUUCCUGUCGCUAUUAAGCAUAUUACCAUAGACGAAAAUCUCCUCCUUCACGAAGACACUGAUGGGCUCCAUAUCCCCAUGGAGGUCGCUGUGCUAAGGAAACUAGAGGCCGAAUCAGAGCGGCAUUCAGCACACGUUGACCUGCUGGACUGGUACAUUGUGGACGAGGAGCUGAUCCUGGUGCUGGAGAGACCGAUGCCGGCCGUAGACCUCUCCAACUACAUUGAAUCCAAAGGAGGCCACUUGAAAGAAAAGGAAGCUAAGGUUAUAAUUAAGCAGUUGGUGAGUGUAGCCAUUGACCUGCAGGAGAAACACAUUUUCCACCGGGACAUCAAGCCGGAAAAUCUCCUUAUUGAGACCUGCAUGAAGGCGCCGCGAGUUCGCGUCAUCGACUUCGGUCUGAGCUGCUUCGCCGAAGAAGACGACGCCUUUGACACCUUUUAUGGUACUCACAUCCCCCCAGAGUGGUCCAGUCGGGAGGAGUACAAAGCGGGACCCUCGACAGUAUACCAGAUCGGAAUGGUCCUGUUCUACAUGCGACACAAGGCGGCAUCUACACCGGAGAUGACCUUUCAGGAGCUGAAUGAGACCAGUUGGCUUUCCAAAGAUGGCAAAGAUUUCUUUGAGGCGUCCUUAUGUGCGGACCCGGAUAUUCGUUUCACUCUGUACCAGCUGAAGCAUCACCCGUGGCUGAGAUAGCAUCACACACACAAACACACGCACACACGUCUUCAUUUAUUUAUUCCUCAUACGUCUGCCAAUCAAUUUUUACCCGCUGUCAUCGUAACACCAGCCGCGCAGAUCAGCUGGUCCACUCUAUUCAAUAAGCACAAGGAAACAAUGAUAUGGUUAGCCUAUCAUCUUGCUGCUGUCUUAUUUAAAUAUGACUGUCUCUCUACCGUCACUUCAUUCAUGUUGCUUUUACGCACAAUUCAAGGUGAAGACAAUAAUCAGAACGUCGCAUCCGGAUCUUCUCCUCGAUAUAAUAUAAAUAUGGCCAGGAGCCGAGGCGCUGCCCAAACCGUGAGAUUGUU